CCAUUAAGCUUUUACUUAUCGGGGAUAAAAAAAAAUCUAAAAAGUGGGGCUAGUGCAUUCGUAUAAAAAUAAAUUUAAAUAGCAUCAAGAGUUGCUUCAAGUCAAAAAUUAGUUUGUGUCCAAUGCAAAUGCCAAAAAUGCUCGGGACAGCAAAUACAUUUAAGCAAGUUUCAAUUAUUGGUGGAGGACUAAUGGGGUCAGGAAUAGCACAGGUGGUAGCACAAAAAGGGCAAAUGGUAAACCUGGUUGAAGUAAAUGACAGCAUUUUGAAAAUAUCAAGAGCAAAAAUUGAACAAGACAUAGAAAAACUUUCCAAGAAGUUGUAUAAAGACAGUAAAGAAAGUUCUUCAUAUUUUGACCAAGUGCUUGGAAGAAUUAAUUACUUUGCUGACAUACCAAAAGCUGUUGAAAGCAGUAACAUUGUUGUCGAAGCGGUUGUUGAAAAUUUUGAUAUCAAGAAAAAUAUUUUCUUAUCUGUUGAAGAGGCUGCUCCUGAAGAAGCGAUUCUAUGUACAAACACUUCAUCGUUGUCAAUUUCAAGAAUAGGAUCUGUUUUAAAAAAACAGGACAGAUUCGGAGGUGUACAUUUCUUCAACCCUGUGCCUCUGAUGAAUUUAGUUGAAGUCAUAAGAUCAGAUAAAACGUCAGAUAAGACAUACGAAAUGCUAUUUGCUUGGACAAAAUCCAUCGGGAGGGUUCCUGUCGCAUGCAAAGAUGUCCCUGGUUUCAUAGUUAAUAAAUUACUUGCUGUAUUUAUCGCAGAAGCCAUCAAAAUGUAUGAAAAAGGUGAUGCCAGUAAAGAAGCAAUUGAUACCGCCAUUAAACUGGGUGCAAAUCAUCCCAUGGGGCCGAUUGAACUGUCAGAUCUUAUUGGCCAUGACACUGUAGCUAUGAUUUUUAAAAACCUAAGAGAAGGUGAACCUGAGAACAAAAUGUUUGAACCUCUCAAAUCGCAAAUAAGACUGUUGGAAGAAGGAAAAUUGGGAGUCAAAUCUGGAGAAGGCUAUUACAAAUAUCCUAGAAAAUCUACUACUAGUCUCAGCUAGAACACUCAAUGCAAUUUCAAUUCUGUUUGCAAUCAUGAUUUGUAAAAUAAUUAAAAGAGAAGUGGAAACUGACUGAUCUAUUAAUUUAUGCAAUAUAUAUUAUUAGUAAAAAUUUUUGUACAACUCCGGUAAAUUUGUUGACUACAAGAUCAUUUACUUAGCUAACAUUGUAAUUAUUUUUACAUGAAAAGUAAAAAAAAAUGUAAUAUAAUAAUAAUUU